AUGUCAUCUAACAGACAGGUUGCCUCAACCAACCAGACUGGAGCAGCUGCGAGUGCUACAUCUUGGCACUCUGAAGCUAUUGGCUCCUCUCUGGGGAGCGGAGGGUGUUCAGUUAUUAAUGACCGCUGAGCAGGCAGCACCAUGUCAGUGUGACAACUGAUCGGGUGAACGGUGCACCACUAACCACCAUGGAAACACGGAGAAAGAAGAACAGCUAGCAGACAUCGUUCUCUUUCUCUCUCUGUUUCCCUCUCCCCCUUCCUCCAUUGGAUUGUGAGUUUCUGUCAGCCAGCAACAGAGCUCUGGAAAAAGUAACGGAUCUCAGCCUGCUGCACAGAGCUGCUCUCAGAUUACAGGAUCUAUAGAGACAACCAUAACGUACACGAUCUGUGCCUGCCAUCGACUCAGUUCCCUGGCAGGAGCAUCAGUAUGCCGUUACCUGAAGUACGGAAUCCAAAUAUGCAGGAGGCUUCCAGGACUGAAACUAUGCUUGUUGGGUCUCUUUUCCAAAACAAACAAAAUGAAGGACGACAUCAUGGGAUUUAAAAUUAAUACUACCGUAUAAUUGUUCUGUUUCCUUUUCUACCAACUUCUGGAUGGACUUCAUUUUCAAAUGCAUUGCUAUACUUAUCCUUAUGAAGAGAACAGCAUCAUUCCCCAAAUAUGCCUCUUAUAACUGGACAAAGUGAUUGCAAAGAUGCCACUUAUUUCCAAGAAGCAGAGGAGUUUCCUGGUCCUUUAGCAUGCAUCAUUUGACAGAUGCAAGUGUUUGUCUUAUCAAAUGACCAACUCUUACUGAACUUAAAAACUGUAAUUGUGCAAUCGUUAAGGGCCAAUUACUUUUCUGGAAUACUGAGCUAAGAUGAAGGACAUGCCACUCAAAAUACACUUUUUACUUGGCCUAACUAUUACUGCACUAGUACAAGCUGUAGAUAAAAAAGCAGAUUGCCCACAGUCAUGUACGUGUGAGAUAAGACCCUGGUUUACUCCAAGAUCUAUAUACAUGGAAGCUUCAACAGUAGACUGCAAUGAUGUAGGUCUUUCUGCUUUUCCAACCCAAUUGCCUACUGACACACAGGUUCUACUUCUACAGGCAAACAACAUAAAAAAAAUUGAAUACUCAUCAGAAUUCCCAGUAAAUCUUACUGGUUUGGAUUUAUCUCAAAACAGUUUGUCUUCAGUGGCCAACAUUGAACUUCGGAAGAUACCCCAACUUCUUUCAGUGUACCUGGAGGAAAACAAACUUACAGAAUUGCCUGACAAAUGUCUCUCUGGACUGAACAAUCUUCAAGAGCUCUACAUUAAUCACAAUCUACUUUCCACAAUUGCACCAGGAGCCUUCACAGGUCUUGAUAACCUUCUUAGACUUCAUCUCAAUUCAAAUAGUCUGCAAGUAAUCAAUAGUAAGUGGUUUGAAGCUAUUCCUAAUCUGGAGAUUCUUAUGAUUGGAGAAAAUCCAAUAAUCAGAAUCGAAGAUAUGAACUUUAAGCCCCUUAUCAAUCUGCGGAGCCUGGUUUUAGCAGGCAUAAAUCUCACAGAAGUACCCGAUAAUGCCUUGGCUGGCCUUGACAAUUUAGAAAGCAUUUCUUUUUAUGACAACAGAUUAGUUAAAGUGCCCCAUACAGCUAUUCAAAAAGCUACAAAUCUUAAAUUUUUGGAUCUAAACAAGAACCCCAUUAACAGAAUACGAAGAGGAGAUUUUAGCAAUAUGGUACACCUCAAAGAAUUGGGAAUUAAUAACAUGCCUGAACUGAUAUCUAUAGAUAAUUUGGCUGUUGACAAUUUGCCAGAUUUGAGAAAAAUAGAAGCAACCAAUAACCCCAGAUUAUCAUAUAUACAUCCAAAUGCAUUCUAUCGACUUCCCCGGCUGGAAUCACUCAUGCUCAACAGUAAUGCACUUAGCGCCCUGUACCGCAGUACAAUUGAAUCUUUGCCUAACCUCAAGGAAAUCAGCAUACACAGCAACCCAAUACGAUGUGACUGUGUCAUCCGAUGGAUUAAUAUGAAUAAAACUAGCAUUAGAUUCAUGGAGCCAGAGUCAUUAUUUUGUGUGGAUCCUCCUGAAUUUCAAGGCCAGAAUGUGAGGAAGGUUCAUUUCAGGGAAAUGAUGGAAAUUUGCCUUCCACUGAUCGCUCCAGAAAGUUUUCCCACAAACCUAAAUUUAGAAACAGGCAGCUAUGUUUCGUUACACUGUAGAGCAACUGCAGAACCAGAGCCUGAAGUAUACUGGAUAACUCCAUCAGGACAUAAGCUUUUGCCCAACACUUUUUCUCUCAAGUACUAUGUACAUUCAGAAGGAACUCUGGAUAUCAGCGAUAUAACACAAAAAGAAAGUGGCCUAUACACAUGCAUAGCGACUAAUUUAGUUGGUGCAGAUUUAAAAUCCAUUAUGAUUAAUGUGGAUGGUUUUCCCCCCCAGGAUAACCAUAAAUCUUUGUCUAUUAAAGUGGAAGGCGUGCGAUCUAAUUCUGUACUAUUGUCCUGGAAAGCAAAUUCUAAAAUAGUGAAAACUGCCAUUAGAUGGACUGCCUUUCCGAAAGAUGGAAACUCCCAGGCUUCACAGAGUGCUCGAAUUCCAUCCCAUAUAAACAUCUAUAAUUUUACACAUCUCACCCCAUCAACGGAAUAUAAAAUUUGUAUGGACAUCCCCACUGUCCAACUGCAAAAUGCAAGACAAUGUAUUAAUGUUACCACAAAAAGAUUGGAUACGGCAAUGACAAAUUAUGAGAAAAGCAACAUCACUACAUUCCUUGCCUGCCUUGGUGCCCUUUUGGGAUUCUUUUGUGUGGUCUCUCUCUUCAGUUGCAUCUCUCAUGAAAUGAACUGUGAUGCAGGACACAGCUAUUUCAGGAAUUACCUGAAGAAACAAUCCUUUUCUUUCAGUGAGCUUUAUCCUCCUUUAAUCACUCUUUGGGAUACUGGCAAAGAGAAAAGCACAGCACUAGAAGUCCAAGCAACAGUUAUAGGGGUUCCAGCUAACAUGUCAUGAGAUAUCAAUAUUACUGUACUGUUUUAAACUGGGGGUACACAAGACUGUCAUUGUGCUCUAUAAAAAGGCAAAAAAAAAAUGGUAUUCCUCCAUAGAACUCAAAACCUUGGACUUAGUUGAUGGUGGUGGCUUCAAAUACAAAUAUUUACUGGUGUGGUAUUUUUUUAAAAAACAAACACCUGUCUUCGAAGAGUUCUGUGCCAACCAAAUUGUUUUCUAGGACUUUAUAGUGUGACUUCUUAUAAUCAAAGAGGCACUCAAUACUGUCUAAAAGUGCAAGUAGAUGAGAAUUUUUUCUGUAUUUGUUGUUUUUUAAUUAAAUGUAGGAAUAGUGGAACUGAGUAAUACCCUCCUCCUGUGUUGUAUGACACACAUUAGCCACGAGUUUUUGCAGUGAACCAAUAAAACUAGAAUUGACCCGUGGUGUAAUGAAAUGGACAAAUUCUGUAGACUAGACACAGUGAGUAUGUGAAACUUUUUUAUGAGGAAAAUACAAUUUUUGAUUACAAUCAAAAUAAGUUGGAUUUCUUUCUUUCUAAUGGCAUUCUUUUGGUGUAUACUUUCCAACACGUGCAGUUUAAUAUCU